AUGGCACCAAACCAGAAAACCGCAAGAAAACCCAGAGUCAGCCGAAACCCCGAACUGAUCAGGGGUAUCGGAAAAUACUCCAGGUCCACCAUGUACCACAAGAGGGGACUCUGGGCCAUCAAGGCCAAAAACGGCGGUACUUUCCCCCGCCACGAUCCAACUCCUAAGCCUGAAGCUCCAGUUGAAAAGGCCCCCAAAUUCUACCCGGCUGAUGACGUCAAGAAGCCACUCCGCAAUAAGCACAAACCAAAACCCACCAAGCUCAGGGCUAGCAUUACUCCAGGAACAAUUUUGAUUCUUCUUGCGGGAAGAUUCAAGGGGAAGAGAGUAGUGUUUCUCAAACAACUUCCUUCUGGACUUCUCCUAGUUACUGGCCCAUUCAAGAUUAAUGGAGUACCCUUGAGGCGUGUGAACCAAUCAUAUGUCAUCGGCACAUCAACUAAAGUAGAUGUAUCUUCGGUCAACGUUGAUAAGUUUGAUGACAAAUACUUCUCAAAGGAAUCUGCAAAGAAGACAAAGAAAGGAGAGGGUGAAUUCUUUGAGGCAGAUAAGGAGGAUAAAAAAGUGCUUCCCCAGUCAAAGAAAGAUGAUCAAAAGACUCUUGACGCUGGUUUGCUAAAAGCCAUUGAAACUGUUCCCGAUUUGAAGACUUAUCUUGGUGCAAGGUUUUCCUUGAAGGCAGGAGUGAAGCCUCACGAGUUAGUAUUCUAG